CCUGGCUCUUUGGCGCUCCAUUGCGGUUGUCGGCUCCUCCUCCGCCACCCAACCCCACACUGUCCCCAACCCCCAACCCCCCUGUUAUUUUUUUGCCCAUCAUUUCCCUGUCAACCUCUCCCCGCGCGCGCAACAAACCACCACCCCAACCCAUGAGCUCUGGGCAUCUGCGGGACAAGCGGCAAGUGUCUGUGGGCCUCCGCAAGCCCCACGUCCAGUCGUCCGACAUCCCGUCGCCACUGUACACCUUCCAGUACGCGAGCAGUCGGGACGGGAUUGACUCAAACCUGCUCAUCCUGCUGCACGGCAUGGGCGACAAGUGCGCGCCGUUCUUCAAGUUUGCAGAGCGCAUGCAGCUACCUCAGACGGCCAUCCUCGCGCUCCAAGCACCCGUGCCGAUCAUGGACUUUGGCUUUUGCUGGUUUGAGAGCUUUGACGAAGACGGCGAAUUGCUCGCACCGUCUCUAAGUCGCUACCAGAGCUUGAAGGCCGUGCGCGAAGGACUUGAAUCGUUGAUCAACGACGUGCUUGUGCAGCCUUCGUUUGGUUGGCAACGCGACCGCAUCUUUCUUCUCGGAUUUGCGCAAGGCGGCACCGUCGCACUCGAUCUUGCUCUGCAUGGCUCUGGACGUCUCGCCGGUGUCAUUAGCAUAUCAGGCACCCUGACCGAGGAAGAGCUGGACGUGCAUGUUGGUGAUCCGGUCCGUGCAGACAUUGCGCGCCAAACGCCGAUUCUCUUAACGCACGGCACCAAAGACGAGAUGAUUCCCAUCGCGGAAGCCCACAAUCGCUUCGAUCGCUUGGUCCGCUUGGUGCCCGAACACCCGUCCUUGCGCUUGCUUCAGUUCCCCAAAGGCUGCAAGAUGAUUGAUUCACCGGAAGAAAUGCGUGCCGUGAUGACGUUCUUUUCGGAACGACUGUACUUGCGCAACCUGGCGAUGGAAAACACUCCGGGCAUCAUUCCGCUUUUCUAACCGACAGCGAAUGGCCGCCAUGUACUCUACUGUAGUCGGUAGCGUGCGCUCAAUUCGUUCUAUUUUAUUGAACAAUUUCACAACAAAGAGCAUGAUUUCCUCUCCUCCCCUUUUUCCGGAGAAUUCCCACCGAGUGAAUAAUCAAAUCAAGUUGUGCAAACACUCGCCAGCUACGAUUUUCAUACUGUUGUUGAUGGGAUCAGUCAGCCA